AUGGAGUCAUCUACAUAUGACAAUUUCGCAUGGAAACAAACACAGCCUGGGAGAUGGGAGCGCGAGAUUGACGAGGUAGAGCAGUUCUAUGCUACAUUGUCAAGGAUAUUCCAAGGCACUGGGCGUACAUUUUUCGCCAUAACUGCCCAUGUCUCACUAUCUAUCGCGCACAACUUCAAACAAGGCUCAAGGACUGAGCUACACGUGAUUGACGCUCUGCGGUCAGCCUGGCUGCGGCUUCGAUAUGACCACCCAACGAUUGCAUCAUGGGUCGAAGAAAAUCACGAACAGAAACGAUGUAAGAAGGUAUAUGAAGCAUUCUCCGACGUGGAGGAUGAUCCUCAUCUCACCUGGCUGAAAGAAACUUUCCAUGUCAUCUCUACUAGUCAGUCGGGUCAGCAAUGGUGCAACUCAGAUCCGCCUUUGCCGAGGCUGCCGACCAUAUUUCUGCUCAAGCAUCCACCCAAACCGCAACACAAUGUAUUUCGAGUUGAUGUUGUCCUUCGCUCGCACCAUGAUGUGAUUGAUGGGAUUGGGUCCCUUCAUCUGCUCAACAACUUGAUAAAAUAUGCCUCUCAAGCUCUCGACCAUCCGGGCAAUUGGAGAAUCCCGGAGUUCACAGACGAAUGGAAAAACCUCAGCCCACCUUUCCGUGUAGCUGCAGAUAUACCUGAAGUCCUGAGUCCAGAUCAAGACCUGAAGUUGAAGAGUAUCGUGGAGUCCAAUGACGCUGUUCGUGAGGGAGUCGAGAUUGCGACAUUGCCUUUCAAAUUGGGGCCGACUGUCCCCGGGUGCCACAAGCGGGUGUCUGUAAAGGUUCCCACCGCAGAUACGGAAAAGCUUUUGCUGGCUUGCAGACAAAUUGGAGCCAGUCUCACUCAUGCAUAUCAUGCUGCGUUAGCACUCGUCAUUCGCGAUGCCCAGCAGAAGAGUGAAAACGAGCGGAAAGUGCGAUAUAUCAGCUACACUCUCAUUAAUGAGCGCGGCCACUGCAAAGCACCCUACAACUCACCUCAGCAUGCAGUUUCGGUCUACCAUUCGGUAUCAGGCCGUAGCCUUGCUAUAGAUUUGACGGUCCCCGGUUUAGCAAGUCCGGAUCCUGCGCCCGGUAAGACAAAGGACGACUUUAUUCGAACCGUCGAGGACGUUAAGAGGUACUACCUCUCGAUUCGAGAGGAUGAAGAACAUAUCAGCUUUGUUCCGUCUUAUUGGCAGCUCUCCACUCCGCCCUAUCCACCCGGUUUGGAGGAUCCUCCGAUUCCUCCACCAAACGAGAAACCUUCAGCAUCGAUAUCAAGUCUGGGUGUCAUUGAUAGCAUAAUCACCCCGACCAACGGAAAAUUUGAAGUGAACGACCCAUGGGUAUCUGGAGAAGAACUCGGAACUGGGCUCGGUAUCUUUCUUGGGACAUAUCGAGGAAUUCUUGGCCUGAGCGCUGCAUAUAACGAUGCAUGGCACAAUGAAGUCGACGUCCGAGAGUUUCUUCAUAAGUGUCAUUCUGUGGUGGUCAAUAAUUUGCUUUCUUCUCAGCAACAGGGAGUGUCCCCCCAGUGA